AUGCUGAAGAUGCUCUCAUUCAAGCUGCUGCUGCUGGCCGUGGCCCUGGGCUUCUUCGAAGGGGAUGCUAAGUUUGGGGAGAGAAGCGAGGCGGCGAGCGGCGUGCGGAGGAGAAGGUGCCUGAAUGGGAGCCCCCCGAAGCGCCUGAAGAGGAGGGACAGGAGGAUGAUGUCCCAGCAGGAGCUGCUGAGCGGGGGAGAGCUGCUGUGUGGGGGCUUCUACCCGCGGCUGUCCUGCUGCCUGCGGAGUGACAGCCCGGGGCUGGGGCGCCUGGAUCACAAGAUAUUUUCUGUGAACAACAACACCGAAUGUGGGAAGUUACUGGAGGAGAUCAGAUGUGCGCUUUGUUCUCCAUACGCUCAGAACCUGUUCCACUCACCUGAGAGGGAAGCCUUGGACAGAGACCUAGUCCUCCCCCUGCUCUGCAAAGACUAUUGCAAAGAAUUCUUUUAUACUUGCCGAGGCCACAUUCCAGGUUUCCUUCAAACUACUGCUGAAGAGUUUUGCUUUUAUUAUGCAAAAAAAGAUGGUGGAUUGUGCUUUCCAGAUUUUCCAAGAAAACAAAUCAGAGGACCAGCAUCUAACUACUUGGACCAGAUGGAAGAAUAUGACAAAGUGGAGGAGAUCAGCAGAAAGCACAAGCACAACUGCUUCUGCAUUCAGGAGGUUGUGAGUGGGCUGCGCCAGCCCGUCAGCGCCCUCCACAGCGGGGACGGCUCUCACCGGCUCUUCAUCCUGGAGAAGGAAGGCUAUGUGAAGAUACUCACCCCCGAAGGAGACAUUUUCAAGGAGCCUUAUUUGGACAUUCACAAACUUGUUCAAAGUGGAAUAAAGGGAGGAGAUGAAAGAGGACUGCUAAGCCUUGCAUUCCACCCCAAUUACAAGAAAAACGGAAAGCUGUAUGUGUCUUACACCACCAACCAAGAACGCUGGGCCAUGGGGCCGCAUGACCACAUUCUUCGGGUUGUGGAAUACACGGUGUCCAGGAAAAACCCCCACCAGGUGGACCUGAGGACCGCCAGGGUCUUUCUUGAAGUCGCAGAGCUGCACAGGAAGCACCUGGGGGGACAGCUGCUCUUCGGCCCCCACGGCCUGCUGUACAUCAUCCUCGGGGACGGGAUGAUCACGCUGGAUGAUAUGGAAGAGAUGGAUGGGUUAAGUGACUUCACAGGAUCUGUCCUCCGGCUGGACGUGGACACAGACAUGUGCAACGUGCCUUAUUCCAUCCCCAGGAGCAACCCGCACUUCAACAGCACCAACCAGCCCCCCGAAGUGUUUGCCCACGGCCUCCACGAUCCAGGCAGAUGUGCCGUGGAUCGACAUCCCACUGACAUCAACAUCAAUUUAACAAUACUGUGUUCAGACUCCAAUGGAAAGAACAGGUCAUCAGCCAGACUCCUACAGAUAAUAAAGGGGAAAGAUUAUGAAAGUGAGCCAUCACUUUUAGAACUCAAGCUAUUUAGCAGUGGUCCUCUGGUCGGCGGGUUUGUUUACCGAGGCUGCCAGUCGGAAAGGCUGUAUGGAAGCUACGUGUUUGGAGACCGUGAUGGGAAUUUCUUAACUCUUCAGCAAAGCCCCGUGACCAAGCAAUGGCAAGAAAAACCGCUCUGUCUCGGCAAUGGCGGUUCCUGUCGAGGCUACUUCUCAGGUCACAUAUUGGGAUUUGGAGAAGAUGAGUUAGGGGAAAUUUACAUUCUAUCAAGUAGCAAAAGUAUGACCCAGACUCACAAUGGAAAACUCUACAAAAUUAUAGAUCCCAAAAGACCUCUAGUGCCCGAGGAGUGCCGAGCAGUGGUCCAGCCAGCCCAGAUGCUGACUUCCGAAUGCUCCCGGCUCUGUCGGAACGGCUACUGCACCCCCACGGGGGUGUGCUGCUGCAGCCCAGGGUGGGAGGGCGACUUCUGCAGAAUCGCAAAAUGUGAGCCAGCCUGUCGGCAUGGAGGUGUCUGUGUUAGACCCAACAAGUGCCUCUGUAAAAAGGGAUACCUUGGUCCUCAGUGUGAACAAGUGGACAGAAGCAUCCGCAGAGUGACCAGGACAUCACCUAGAUGA